UUUUAGUGUAUGUAAUUCCAGGGCUGACCCAGAAAAUACACACUCGUUUGAAGAUCAGUUGCGACUGUCUUUGUGUUCCAGUUUUCCAAGAGCAUGAAGCUUUUCGCUGUGGAAUUUAUCUUUUAACCUUUAUGCGCUUCUGUAAAGAUUUUAUACAAAAUACAACCACAGCUGAAGUUUGGAGCAACACCGUACUCUGUGCCGCAAGGAAUAAGCCAUGGCCGAGCAUAUGAUGAUGCCCAUGAACCACGGGUCCGUUGGCGGGGGCCUGCAUAACUACAGAAUGGGGAUGAACGGUGGCCUGCAGCAGGCACCGCCUCAACACCACCUGCAGCAAGCCGGGCUCAGGAGCCUCCCGAAUGGCCAAAUGAUGCACUACGGAGGGGGGGCUCCAAGCAACAUGGAAGCUGCGAUGAGGCCGCGGCCCGGAAUGAUAGCAGGUCUAAACGGUGGGCAGAUGAACAGCGGGCAGAUGGGGCAUCACCACCAGAUGUCUAACAACGUUAUGUACAACAACCAGAGCCAACAGCAACACCUCCCACAACAGCAGCAGCAACAACACCACCAUCACCAGCAUCCACAGCAGCAGCAGCAGCAGCAGCAGCAGCAGCAGCAGUACGUGAGUGGGGGGAUGACCUCACAGCAGCUUAUGGCCAGCAUGCAUUUGCAAAAACUCAACACCCAGUACCACGGGCACCCUCUGAUGCCCAUGACUGGGAACCAUAUGAAUUCUGGACCACAAUACAGAAUGGCACCCAACCAGUUGGGGGGCAUGCAGCAUAUGGGGGCCCCUGCCCUGACUUUGAAUAUCAUGGAUACAGACUUGAUAGAUGAGGAGGUACUGACUUCUCUGGUCUUGGAAUUGGGCUUGGACCGUAUACAGGAGCUCCCUGAACUGUUUUUGGGACAGAAUGAGUUCGAUUUUAUCUCAGACUUUGUUAGCAAACAGCAGCCCAGCACAAUAAGCUGUUAGGGGAGGUGGUAAGCUUUUUAGAGACAAGGAAGGGUUGGUGUUGUGGGGUGAAGUGGGGGGGUGGGGGUUAUGUCGGACAAUCUUAUUUUUUUUUUUUUAAUUCUAUAUAUUUAUGGUAAUAUUAAAAAAAAAAAAAAAAAAAAAAAAAAAAAGAUUUGCACUGGAUUACCAUUUGUCUUCAGGACUGUUGGAUAUUUUGAGACACAUUUCAGUUCAUGCAAUAGUUUUUGUGUCCUUUGUGUUUUUGAAGGAUGAAUGUAACCUUACUUGGCAGGAUUCACAUUCAAACACAACAGCUAAGUCGUUUGCCCAGCCUUGAAAGAUUUGGCUUCUCUGAGCUUUUUAAAUCAUUUGUUUUUCGUUGUGGAUUUAGAACAAACUUGGGAGGGAGGGAGGGGGGUGUGGGGUAGGGUAGUGACAACAAUUCCAAAACCUGGACUUUUAAAUGCAAUGUGGGACUUCUCACUCUGAACGAACCUAUGAAAAGGGGGGAUUGAAGAUGCCUUUGCAGGAACUGUUGAUUUUGCUUUAUAAUUUCUGUGCAAAUACUGGUACAAAAAUCUGUACACAGUGGGCUUAGCUAGAAGCAGAUAGAAAUGUGUGCUAUGUACUGUAUGGGUGGGACAGAUAUAGUCAAAAUAGUUUCUGCUAUGGCCAGCUGUCCUACUCAAGAUUUACAACUUGGGUGUGGUUCAUUCUUGGGGAUUUCCUGAAUAAUUAAAAUAUCCCAUUACCAUUUACUGUGGAUUAAGCAGCUUUGCAAGUGAAUUGAUGUUUUUUUUUUUUUUCUAACCCCCCCCCCUGCCAAUAUUCCAAUUGGGACAUAAAUCCCCCUGGGUCCCAGUCCUUAGUUCCAGCAUGGUGGGCCACAGUAGCUCGCAUUUGUUUUUGUAAACCACUAUUUCCUAUACGUUUAGCCAAGCAAAUAAGCUCUCUCUGGUGUGGUAUGCUGUACCAAAGCAGAAAUCUACUAUAUUUGUUUGAGUAAGCGCAGUGAAAACUUGCCUGUAGUCAUAUUUUCACAAGGAAUCAGGAUUGUAUUCCCCCCCCCCCUCCCCAGCCCACUGCUAGGGCUCAUGUUAAUAGCCCUCGACAGAUUCCCAUUGUACAGAUGGUACUAUAUUAGACGAAGCUUUGUUAAUUUAACUUAAUUUAAAGAGUCUCAAUGCAGAGUUACAUUUUUCCCUCCCUCUUUCCUGCCCUUCCUUUUUUAUCUGUUUUUGGUCCUUCUUGGUCCUAUAAAGCAUUUGUAUUUAUUUUCAGAAUUAAUAAAAUUGAUAUUUAUUUAAUAA